GGCGCCGGCCGCGGCGUCCGCUCUCCGUGUGCCCCCUCCCCCUCCCCCGCCGACUCUCCCCGACCCGGGAGGGAGGCGGGGGGCAUCCGGGGCCCGCCAUGAACCCCGGCUUCGACCUGUCCCGCCGCAACCCGCAGGAGGACUUCGAGCUGAUUCAGCGCAUCGGCAGCGGCACCUACGGCGACGUCUACAAGGCACGGAAUGUUAACACUGGUGAAUUAGCAGCAAUUAAAGUAAUAAAACUGGAACCAGGAGAAGACUUUGCAGUUGUGCAGCAAGAAAUUAUUAUGAUGAAAGACUGUAAACACCCAAAUAUUGUUGCUUAUUUUGGAAGCUAUCUCAGGAGAGAUAAACUUUGGAUCUGCAUGGAGUUCUGUGGAGGAGGUUCUUUACAGGAUAUAUAUCAUGUGACUGGGCCUCUCUCAGAACUGCAGAUUGCAUAUGUUAGCAGAGAAACACUACAGGGAUUGUAUUAUCUUCACAGCAAAGGGAAAAUGCACAGAGAUAUAAAGGGAGCUAACAUUCUAUUAACGGAUAAUGGUCAUGUGAAAUUGGCUGAUUUUGGAGUAUCUGCCCAGAUAACAGCUACAAUUGCCAAACGGAAGUCUUUCAUUGGUACACCAUAUUGGAUGGCUCCUGAGGUUGCAGCUGUUGAGAGGAAAGGCGGGUACAACCAGCUGUGUGACCUCUGGGCAGUGGGGAUCACAGCCAUUGAACUUGCUGAGCUGCAGCCUCCGAUGUUUGACUUGCACCCGAUGAGAGCAUUAUUUCUAAUGACAAAGAGCAACUUUCAGCCUCCUAAACUAAAAGAUAAAAUGAAGUGGUCAAAUAGUUUCCAUCAUUUUGUGAAAAUGGCACUUACCAAAAACCCCAAAAAGAGGCCUACUGCUGAAAAAUUAUUGCAGCACCCUUUUGUCACACAGCCUCUGACAAGGUCCUUGGCAAUAGAAUUGCUGGAUAAAGCGAACAACCCAGACCAUUCCACUUUCCAUGAUUUUGAUGACGACGACCCUGAGCCCCUUGUUGCUGUACCACAUAGAAUUCAUUCAACAAGUAGAAAUGUGAGAGAAGAGAAAACACGUUCAGAGAUAAACUUUGGCCAAGUGAAAUUUGAUCCACCUUUAAGGAAAGAGACUGAACCUCAUCACGAACUUCCCGACAGUGAUGGUUUUUUCGACAGUUCAGAAGAAAUAUACUACACUGCAAGAUCUAAUCUGGAUCUACAAGUAGAAUAUGGACAAGGACACCAAAGUAGUUAUUUUUUAGGUGGAAACAAGAGUCUUCUGAAGUCUGUUGAAGAAGAAUUACAUCAGCGAGGACAUGUGGCACACUUGGAAGAUGAUGAAGGGGAUGAAGAUGAGUCUAAACAUUCAACCAUGAAAGCAAAAAUCCCGCCACCUUUGCCACCAAAGCCGAAGUCCAUCUUCAUACCACAAGAAACGCAUGCUGCUGAGGAUGGUAACCAAGGAACGAUCAAGAGAUGUCCCUCGUCAGGGAGCCCAGCGAAACCAUCCCAUGUUCCACCUAGACCACCACCCCCCCGGUUACCCCCGCCAAAGCCUGUUGCUUUAGGAAAUGGAGUGGGCUCCUUCCAGCUAAAUGGCGAACGAGACGGAUCACUGUGUCAGCAGCAGAAUGAGCGGAGAGGCACAGACCUUUCGAGGAAGGAGAAGAAGGAAGUACCAAAGCCUAUCAGUAAUGGUCUUCCCCCAACACCUAAAGUGCAUAUGGGUGCAUGUUUUUCAAAGGUUUUCAAUGGGUGCCCUUUGAAAAUUCAUUGUGCAACAUCAUGGAUAAACCCAGACACAAGAGAUCAAUACUUGAUAUUUGGUGCUGAAGAAGGGAUUUAUACCCUUAAUCUCAAUGAGCUUCAUGAAACAUCAAUGGAACAGCUGUUCCCUCGAAGGUGUACCUGGCUAUAUGUAAUGAACAAUUGCUUGCUGUCAAUAUCCGGCAAAGCGUCUCAGCUGUAUUCCCAUAAUUUACCAGGGCUUUUCGAUUAUGCAAGACAGAUGCAAAAGUUACCUGUGGCCAUUCCAGCACACAAACUCCCUGACAGGAUAUUGCCAAGGAAAUUUGCUGUAUCAGCAAAAAUCCCUGAAACCAAAUGGUGUCAGAAGUGCUGUGUUGUGAGAAAUCCUUACACGGGCCAUAAAUACCUGUGUGGGGCACUUCAGACUAGCAUUGUCCUACUAGAAUGGGUUGAACCGAUGCAGAAAUUCAUGUUAAUUAAGCACAUAGACUUCCCAAUACCGUGUCCACUCAGGAUGUUCGAGAUGCUGGUCGUUCCCGAGCAGGAGUACCCUUUAGUCUGUGUUGGGGUCAGCAGAGGACGGGACUUCAACCAGGUGGUUCGGUUUGAGACUGUCAAUCCAAAUUCUACCUCGUCUUGGUUUACAGAAUCAGAUACCCCACAGACAAAUGUCACUCAUGUCACCCAGUUGGAGAGAGAUACCAUCCUUGUGUGCUUGGACUGUUGUAUAAAAAUAGUAAAUCUCCAAGGAAGAUUAAAAUCUAGCAGAAAAUUAUCAUCAGAGCUCACCUUUGAUUUCCAGAUUGAAUCAAUAGUUUGCCUACAAGACAGUGUGCUAGCUUUCUGGAAGCACGGAAUGCAGGGUAGAAGUUUCAGAUCGAAUGAGGUAACACAAGAGAUCUCAGACAGCACCAGAAUCUUCAGGCUCCUUGGAUCUGACAGAGUCGUGGUUUUGGAAAGUAGGCCAACCGAUAACCCCACAGCAAACAGCAAUUUGUAUAUCCUGGCGGGGCACGAAAACAGUUACUGAGGCUUGGUGUGCCUGACAGGUGAGUGUCGUGAGAACUGGGUCUGCCACUGCGACGUCCUUGGGUGCCCAAAGCCCAGGAAGCUGCGCUCACCUGCCUCAGUUCCUUGGGCUUGACGGUGGCGUGGGGCAAGCCGAGCCGGGAGAAGGCUGUUCUAGGCGGAAUGGAUCUGCGUGGCCGGGAGAAGGCUGUUUUAAGUGGUGUGAAUAUGUUUAGCAUAUUUGAACCACACAAGUGCUUAAUUCAUUGGUAUGUAAACUUUGUACAUAUAAGCAGUAUUUUUCUGUGAAACUUCUUAUUGCUGAGAACACACACUAAGAAUUUAUUAUGUAGAUACUGUACUUUUAUGAGGUGUAAAAGUGUCUUAUCUGUACAGAUGUAAAUGUUGAUGAAAAUGCAGUUAAGGUUAAUAUUUUAAGAAUUCUUCAGUAGGUUCUCGGGUGUGGUUAUAUUACAAAAAUGGGAUGCUGACAAUGAGACAGUACAUUUAACACUAUUGUAUUUUUAUUACAUGUAAUUUAGUAAUAUGAAUAUGAAUCUUGUAACUUUUAAAAUUGUAAUGGAAGCUGUAAUCAUUUUAUAAUCUUGUUUUUAAUUUUAAUUGCAAGUACACUGGUGUUUAUAUUCGCACAGAGUAUUGACAUGUGAUGUAUUAAGUCACAAAAGUAAGCUGUGACAUUGUGAAUAUGCACUUGGUUCCACAACAUCUUUUUUUUUUUUUAAAUGAAUUUGGAUUGUUUUCUGUGUGAAACAAACCAGUUAACCACCUGUUGUAGUAACUGGUCUUUUAUAUUUAAGUGGAAUCCUGUGUGAUUGCUUGUAUGUGCUGAAAAUAUGCUUUUGAAAAAACAAAUCACAGAAUGGCGGUACCAUGAUAUAACACUGCAGAUGUUGUCUGGACUAAGGGAUGCACAAAGAAUAAAUGAGCAUUAUUAAAGAGUCCACCCCAGACAUUUCAUAGAAUCACAGAGCUAGAACAUUCCAGAGUGAAGUAAUUCAAAUUUCUAAGGGAAUUUUUACUUUUGUUGGCCUUAUUUUAUGAUCACUUUCAUAUUUCUUUUAAGUUAGAGUAUUAACACAUGGCCAAAAUAAUUUAGUUACUACCUCAUACAAACAUCAUAAUGGUUAUUACACAUCAUGGGAACUUGGUUUGGGUGAGUCAUUUUGAUUUUUUUUCCAAUGGGAUAUGUAUAUACCAAGUUGUAGUGAAAUGCACACCUCUGAAUCUUUUUGGUAUAUGUUCUUUAUAUUUUAUUGUGAGUAUAUACACUAAGAACAAACUAAAUUGUGAUUUAUGGUCUUCAUUUAUUUUAAUUGAUAAUGAUUUUAAAUAUGUUCCUGCCUGUAUAUAGUGUAAAAUAAACAUAUUUUUUAACAUGC